AUGGGAUCUCCAGCAAAGAAGACGACUCUGCAACGAUACUUGUCACAACUUCAGCAACAUCCUCUUAGAACAAAGGCCAUUACUGCUGGAGUUUUGUCUGGUGUGAGUGAUGUUGUUUCACAGAAACUCUCUGGGAUACAGAAGAUUCAGCUGAGAAGGGUUCUUCUCAAAAUGAUAUUUGCGGGUGGUUUUCUCGGACCAGUAGGCCAUUUCUUUCAUACAACUCUAGAUAAGAUCUUUCAAGGAAAGAAAGACACAAAGACUGUUGCAAAGAAGGUAAUCGUGGAACAAUUGACGUUAUCACCGUUGAACCAUUUACUUUUUAUGAUCUAUUAUGGAGUAGUCAUAGAAAGAACUCCUUGGAACCUUGUUAGAGACAGGAUCAAGAAGACUUACCCAACAGUUCAGCUUACAGCAUGGACAUUUUUCCCCGUUGUGGGAUGGGUAAACUACAAGUAUGUGCCACUGCACUUCCGAGUCAUCUUACACAGUCUCGUAGCAUUCUUCUGGGGAAUAUUCCUGACCCUACGAGCAAGGUCAAUGACACUAGCUUUGGCAAAGGCUAAGUGA